AUGAUUAAUUUUGUGUUACUGUGCAGCACUCCUGAAUCUCCCAAGCAACUUCAAGAAACCACACCCACGCUUCCCCCAGCUCCAACUAAAAUUCAUCCAGCCGCAGAAGACGCUGCUGCCCUGUUGAUGAUGGCACGGACAGCAACCUAUGUUCCUAAAACAGAUUCAGGGAUGCCAUCAUUUAGCCUUGGACUGACUGAUUCAAGCCAGGAGGGGGCGUCAACGCAGGAGACAGAAAGGGAAAAAUCUCCAGAAACUGCAAGUAUGCUAGAACAAUUAGACACUUUGGUCCAAAAAUUAGCAAGCAAUGCGGCGAAGGGAACAAACGAAAGUCCACAAAUUCAGAGGGAGACUGGGGGAGAAAGUUCUGCAAAGUUUGAAACUCCAGGGGGAAUAAAUCAAAUUACAGAUGAUAUGAAACAAAAGUGCUACAUCUGGGGGACGAGACUGAAGGAAGACGCAAAUGGCAAUACUGACGAGUAUGAGGAGAUUUGCAAUCUGAUUGGCAAAGGAGAAUACAUUUUGAUCAGAUCGCACCUUGCAUCCCUCCAGGCAAAAAGUGAUAUAGAAUCUCAGAUUGUAUCUGCCAUCUGCCUCAUCCUAAACCAGAAAAAUGAAAAGAGGUUUCAGGAACAAAUAUACUGCCUCCCCCCCGAUAUUGUGAGCAUGGCACUUUCGGAUCACCCAAAGGGGGAAUUCAUAUCCCCGAAAACGGAAAAGGAAUUCAGGGUGGAAGCCUACCCGAGUUUCAUUCACUUCAUAGAUAGAAAAAAAUUAAGUUCGCAUCCAUAUAUUUUUGCUCCUGUUUGCCACUCGGGACAUUGGUGGUUAUGGCUAAUAAAUACAAUAAAGCGGAAAUGUCAAAUACUUGACCCGCUACACAAAAAAGCUCUAAGCGAUGAGAGAAAGGACAUUAAUAAAUUCACUGGAUAUGUAUUUUCAAGAUUGAUAACAUAUGCCGGCGGGAAACCUCUGGAGAAAGGCGAGAAGGAAAAGGAAAUUAAAGCAUCAGAUGUUAAAAUAUCAGGGCAAAAAAUAAGGUAUAAAUUUCUUGAGUUAAUUGAGCCGGAAAACAUCAAAAAGGGGAAGUAUGAAUGGGAUAAUUGGCCACAGGAGGAGGUGGACCACUAUAGAGUGGAGUAUGCUUCCUGGAUACUAUUCAGUGAGAUGAAUAAACAGAGAGAUCGGGCAAUUAGAGAGAGUAGUGCUAUAAGGCUGUCGAAGCCAUCCUCUGUAUUAUUGAGUCCAUUUUGUCAGAUUAAUUCUGCUGAUAUAGAAACUGGGUGGUGA